ACUUGCACUUUCUACAAAGCUUUCCAAAACAUCUCUCAUCUUUUUCCACAGGGUGUUCUUAAGCUAUAAUCGUCAUGGGCCGGGCAACUGAAGAACCCUCUGUUGAUACCAAAAACAUAUCGUUUGCUGGAUCCGAUGGAGCAUUAACGCCAAUCGAUAGUCAAGAGACCGAUGAAAUUGAUCCUAGGGAAGAACGGAGAUAUUUAUGGCGCCUUGACGCUUGGUUUAUGACAAUUGGUUUCAUUGGCUAUAUGUUCAAAUACAUCGAUCAAACGAACAUCAACAAUGCAUAUGUUUCCGGGAUGAAGGAGGAUUUGAAACUCUUCGGAAACGAACUCAACUACUUCACGACAUACUUCAACAUCGGUUACAUGGUUAUGUUAUAUCCUUCAUGCAUUAUUGUUUCUCACUACGGCCCUCACAUUUGGCUACCAGCCUGUGAGCUUGCCUGGGGUGUCCUUACAUGCUGUCUCUCUGUCGUCACGGAUUACAAACAAGUUUAUGCUAUCCGUUUCCUCAUUGGGUUCUUUGAAGGAACUGCUUGGCCAGGAUACUACACGCAGAUCAGUCAAUGGUAUACUCCUAGCGAAGUAGCACUGCGCAUGGCUAUCUACAACAUCGCGCAGCCCGCUGGUGCCAUGUUGUCCGGUGCAAUGCAGGGUGCUCUCUCGUCCAACUUUGAGGGUGUUCACGGGCGUUCCGGCUGGCGAUGGGCAUUCCUCAUCAAUGGCGUCUGCACCAUUGGCGUCGCACUGGCAGCCUUCUUGAUUCUCCCAGGCUACCCAGAUCGACCGAAUCCCUUAGCCAAAUUUUACAUGAAGCCUCGCCACUAUGAAAUCGCGCUCGCGCGUGAUCGCCGGUACAAGCGCAAGCAGCAGGUGCCUAUUACUGUGAAGACUUUCUUCCGUGCCUUUACCUACUGGCAGCUCUGGGCCGUCGCAAUUUCAUGGAGUAUUGGCAUUAACACCCAGCCGGCGAACUACUUCAACCUGUGGCUGAAAUCUCUGCGUAAUCCCGACGGCUCCAAGAAAUACUCCGUCGCUAUGCUCAACUAUCUUCCCAUCAUUGGCCAAGCCAUUCAACUCGUCAACUCACUCAUCCUUCCCGGACUGUCUGAUUACUUUCGGAAACGACUACCCUUUCUCUUAUUCAGUCAGGCCAUCAGUGUCGCCUCACUGGUCAUAUUGAUUGUGAGGCCAUCUAACGAACAUGCUUACAUGGCAGGAUGGUAUCUUAACUUUCUCAACGCUCCUGUCCUAAUGAUCCUCUGCAGCUGGGCCGCAGAAAACCUCCAAGGCGAACCCGAAGUUCGAACCAUUCUGUUUGCAACGGGGACCGUUCUUUCGUACAUCCAGAAUGCUUUCCUACCAAUCGCGGCUUAUCCAGCGAAACAGGCGCCUCACUGGCGCAUUGGUGCGAAGGUCUAUCUCGGACUUAGUCUCGUUGCUACAACCAUGUUCUUUGGGAUCUAUUUUGGAUUCAAGUGGGAGAAUAAGAAGGCAGAAAAGAAUGCGGCCAAGGAGGAUGUUGGGGUCGAGGAGCCCGGAAAUGCGAAUGAAAGCACUACGAAAGGAGCACAGAGCUCUGCGGCAGGUGUGUUUACUGACAGGUAA